AUUAGUUCUAAUUGUCUCUGCGCUCGCCUUCGACGGCAUCCUCUAAUCAUCACCUUGGUCAAGACAGAACUGGUAGCUGUUAGAUAGCAGCAUCAUGGCCACAAGGCGGACGCCACGAUCUACGAGCAGUCCCGGCGGCGGUGCCUCGCUGGAUCGUGAAAAGCCCUCGACUUCGCUCUCUGAGUCUUCCCGUAUGCGAUCUCGAAGAAGGGCGGCAGCCUCCGAUUCACGAUCUGUUUCGCCCACUCCCACGCGUGGUCGACAAUCUCUUUCAAAUGUUUCUCCUAGCCCAAGUACCUCAAGAACGAGACGGAUCAGAACACCAACCACAGAACCCGAUCAGGUUGCCUCAGCUGAGAACAGCGACAGAUCCAGGACGAAGCGAGUUUCUAUUACUACACCAUCACCGCGGAAAAGUGAUCUUUCUGCCUCUAGAAAAUCAAUUGAUACCACAACCCCCGAGGUCACUCCGACAAAGCAGUCACGCAAACGUCGGCGUGAAGAAGAUGACGAGGAACAGGACGACGAAUCUACCUCACUAGCAGCCGAAAAAUCUGAUGGGGAAAAAUCUCUUUUAUCGGCCGUGAAGAAUUCAGGACGAAAACUGUUGGGAUCUUUGGCAGAUGUGAUCGCUCCAAAGAGACCGAAAGUGUCUGCUGGACAACCCCACCCGGAUCCUGCUCCCGAAUCUGACAGCGAGGACGGUAAUUCAAUAGCAAGCAGUACCGCACUCGCCACUGAGGAAAUACAAUUGAUCUCGGCCGAGAAAGAGGGGAUGGCCACGCCAAUGGAGACCGGCUCUACAUCCUCGAGCUCUGAAUUUUUGCGGCAAAAUAACUCAGAUGAGUUGACGGAUAUACAGAAAGUAAAGCGAAGAGUACUAGGUCAAUUGAACGGCCGACUCCGGCCACGUAUGGUGGGACUCGAAACCGUCUACGGGUACGACUGUCAUCUGAUAGAGCAAACAAUUCUUGCGCCGAUUCACGCGGCAGCAAUGGCAAAGCCUGACGCAAAUACCUCGGCGUCGGCUGCUUCCAUAUCUUUAGCGUCGUUUCACGGGGGAAAUUCAGCUUUGCUGCUUGGGCCUCGAGGAUCUGGAAAGUCGCUGGUUAUCGACAGCGUACUGGCUGAUCUGCACCGAAAAUAUCGAGGGCAUUUUAUCACGGUUCGGUUGUCAGGUCUAGCUCAGACCGAUGACAAAUUAGCUUUACAUGAGAUUGCGCUACAGAUUGAGCGCGGGAGGAGAGGGAUCGAGGAAGGCGAGACGGCUGACGGUGGGCGGAGAGUAUACCGCCGUCAAAGUGCAAACCGUACCCUAUCUCGGCUUGUCACCAUGCUCUCUGGAAGAUCGGGGCUUGAGGAAGCUAAGAUUGAUAACGACGACGAAAGGGAUGACGAGGAUGACGACGACAACGGAGCGGUGGUGUCGGUCGUUAUCAUUCUAGAUGAGUUUGAGCGGUUCGCGACGAUGCAGAAUCGGCAAACGCUGCUGUACAACUUGCUCGAUGCGGCGCAAUCCCCCCGAUAUUCUGCCACCUCAAGUGGAAAAACUCGGGCGCCGAGUAUGUGCAUUAUCGGCAUGAGCAGUCGCAUGACUGCCCCGGAGAUGCUCGAGAAACGAGUGCGCAGUAGGUUUAGCCACCGGGUAGUCUUGAUCCCGCAUCCGUCCGAGGUUGAAAAGUUCUGGAGCAUCUGCGAGGCAGCGGCCACUCUUGAAUCCGGGAAAGCGGCCAGCGUCUCAGAUGAGGUCGCGCAAACCUGGAACACAGAGGUGCAAAAGCUCAGCAAGGCACCGUCGGUCCAGCGGCUAAUCCGGCGAGUGUUUGCGACGACGCGGGAUCCGAGACAAGUUCAUGUACAAUUGGCAAUGUGUGUUAGAGGUUGUACAGAUGCGUUGUCGCUUUCGGCAGAGCUAGUGACCCGGUUAGAUUUAGGCGCGACUGAAGGCGCCGGCGCUAUGGAACGGGUAGCAGGUAAGAAGGCAGUCAGGCUCACCGCUGGGCACUUAUUUUUUUAAAAAGAGUACUUUGCGUUCUAACUCUAGUAUUGGUAGGCUUAUCUGAACUGGGUCUUAUGCUACUGGUGUGCGCAGCUCGAGCAGAAAUCAAGUACGGACGCGCGGAGUCGACAGCAGUGACAACAACAACGACAACAACAACAACAACAACAACAACAGACGAUAGCACCGGACGCACGAGCUCGACCAAGGUGCAGACAGCGGCCUCAUCCGG